UUCUUGUUUAUGUAACAAGCAAUCAAUGUCUUGGACAAGUUUAAGAAUUGAAAUACCGGCUUGAACUUUAUUGAUCCCUCCAGAAAUACUGGGAUUAAAGUCUAGUAGUUGAAUAGUUUAAGGUUAAAGUGGCAAAAUAAGGUCCGAUAAAGAUUAAAGUAUCACUUUGAAUUGUUAUCUAACAUAGAAAAUAAAUAAUUUACAGAACAAAGGAAACGACAAAUUGAAUUAUUUAAUAAAUUGAGAUUAAUGAAGACUGCACUACAUCAGAGAUUAGUAAUGGUAGGCGAUCGCGAUGGACUAAAAGAAUUAUUGAGACGUAGGCUGAUUGAAUGUGGAUGGCGAGAUCAAGUAAAGUUAAUCUCAAAGGAAUUGAUAAAGGAACACGGUCAUGACAUUACUUACGAUACCUUGUUAUCAGCAGUGACAACCAGAGCUCGGACACUCGUACCAGAUUCUGUGAAGAAGGAAUUAUUACAGAAAAUCAAGAAUCAAUUGGUAGCUCAAGAAGAAAAACUUAAGCUUGUGACAGAUCAUUAAGAGCUCCAAAAUUCAUUUUUAAAUUUUGCACAAUUUUUAUCAGUACAUUUAUACUGACAUACAGUUGUGAUAAAUGUUUUCACAACUUGAAUUUAUAAUUUCUUGUCCAGGGUUUUAUAAUACUUAAUGUUUUACAUUAACAAUAACAAAGAAAUAAGUUCAAAAGUCCAAAAUGUGAUAUUUGUGUAUCUAAGAGUUUAUUAGUCUAUAUUUUUCAAGAAAUGUAUAAACGUCAAUAAAAUAUAAUUUUAUUUUCCAUUAAA